AUGAGUACAAGGGGCUUUCAGUUUGCUAUAGAUAGAGGAGGCACAUUCACAGACGUCUUUGCCAGAUGCCCUAAUGGGAAGAUUCGGGUUAUGAAACUAUUAUCUGUUGAUCCCCAGAACUAUGAUGAUGCUCCAAGGGAAGCCAUAAGACGAAUUUUGCAGGAAGAGACUGGCAAUGCCUUGGACAAAGAAGGCAAAGUAAACUCUUCCCUCAUAGAAUCAAUAAGAAUGGGUACAACAGUAGCUACAAACGCAUUGCUUGAAAGAAAAGGUGCCAAAAUGGCACUCGUCAUAAAUAAGGGAUUUAAAGAUUUGCUUCUUAUUGGAAAUCAAGCUAGACCUCACAUAUUUCAAUUGAAUAUAAAACGCCCCGAAGUACUGUACAAAGAUGUGGUCGAGGUAGACUGCCGCGUGAUACCAGCACUAGAAAAUCGCUGUCAAAUUGACAAAUCUAAACAAAACUGGCAAGAAGUUCAGGGAACGACAGGACAAAAGAUGCUAGUUAUUAAAGAUAUCGAUGAAAAAUCUGUUAGAACGGACCUGGCUGCUUUAAAAAAGAAAGGGAUAGACAGUGUAGCUGUUGUUCUUGCCCACAGCUAUAAUUAUCAUGAGCAUGAAAAAAGGAUUGGGGAGAUUGCAAAGGACCUAGGUUUUUCGCAAAUAUCUCUAUCUCACUCUGUGACUUCAAUGGUUCGACUGGCGCCACGCGGUUAUACUGCUUGCGCGGACGCAUACCUUACACCGCAUAUUAAAGACUAUGUACGGGGUUUCUCUGAGGGUUUCACAGAUAACCUAAAGAAUUCGAACGUGCUUUUCAUGCAGUCUGAUGGAGGCUUGACACCAAUGGACUUGUUCAAUGGCUCCCGCGCAAUAUUGUCAGGGCCGGCAGGUGGAGUAGUGGGUUAUGCGCUUACGUCAUACCAUAGAGAAACUAACUUACCUGUUAUUGGCUUUGAUAUGGGCGGUACAUCAACAGACGUGUCAAGAUAUGCGGGUACUUUGGAGCACGUACACGAAGCAACCACGGCCGGAGUCACUAUACAAGCACCACAGCUAGAUAUAAACACAGUAGCGGCAGGUGGUGGCUCAAUGCUCUUCUUCCGUUCGGGUCUUUUUGUGGCCGGGCCGGAGUCAGCUGGUGCUCAUCCUGGUCCAGCAUGCUAUAGAAAGGGUGGACCACUUACUGUUACAGACGCUAACUUACUGCUAGGGCGACUACUACCUGAAUAUUUCCCAAAAAUCUUUGGACCAAAAGAAAAUGAGUCACUUGAUAAGGAAGCAACUGCCGCCGCUUUCAAAGAAAUAACGGAUGAGAUUAAUUGCUUUUUGAAGCAAAGUGAUAAAAAGAUGACUAUGGAAGAAGUCGCGAUGGGUUUCUUAAAUGUAGCCAACGAGGCAAUGUGUCGGCCAAUUAGGUCACUAACGACGGCGCGUGGCUAUGACGCGCGGUCUCACGCACUGUCCUGCUUCGGUGGUGCGGGGGGACAGCACGCUUGCUCUGUCGCCAAACAACUAGGAAUAACCACAGUACUGGUGCAUAAAUAUGCAGGUAUUCUAUCGGCGUAUGGCAUGGCUCUAGCAGAUGUGGUCCAAGAAGCUCAGAGCCCAUGUGCCCUUGUUUACUGUCCUGAUAAUUAUUCUGAGCUGGACAGACAGUUGGAUGUACAUGCUGCUAUUUGUAAGGAGAAACUGACGAAAAGGAUAGUUUGGUUCCUCCUUCAUAUUUGUAUAGUCUCGGGACCGAUGUGCCUACUGGUUCCGCCUGUUCAGCACAUUCGUCACGUACUACUCGACACGGCAUACAAGAAAGAGUUUGGCUUCACUCUAACAAAACGCGAUGUUUUAGUAGACGAUGUGAGAGUACGUGGAAUUGGCAAGAGUGAAUUCUCAGAAGAGGUGGCGCCACCUAGCGGGAGAGAUGUAACACCUCCGAUCGAAAAGACAGUAAAGGUGUACUUCGAAGGUGGUUAUCAGGACACAUCAGUUUAUUUGUUGGAGAAGUUGCAACCAGACCAAGAAAUCCUCGGUCCAGCUAUUAUAAUGGAUAGCUUAUCCACAAUACUUGUUGAACCAGAUUGUCGUGCUGUUAUAACUAAAUACGGUGACAUUCGUAUCACGAUUGGGGAAGGGAAACAAAAGACGGUUUCAACCGAGUGCGACUCAGUGCAAUUGAGUAUCUUUUCACAUCGAUUCAUGUCCAUUGCUGAGCAAAUGGGGAGGGUAUUACAAAGAACAUCAAUAUCGGUUAACAUCAAGGAGAGGUUAGAUUUCUCGUGUGCGUUGUUCGGGCCCGAUGGAGGUCUUGUAUCGAAUGCUCCCCACAUACCCGUACACUUGGGCGCCAUGCAGGAAACUGUUCAGUAUCAGAUGAUGGUCCGCGGUCAAUCAAUGAAGCCGGGUGACGUCUAUCUAGCAAACCAUCCAAAAGCCGGAGGGUCGCAUUUACCUGAUCUCACUGUUAUCACGCCAGUAUUCCACAAUUCAACUAAACCGAUAUUCUUCGUGGCAUCAAGGGGUCACCAUGCUGAUAUCGGAGGUUUGACUCCAGGGUCCAUGCCUCCACACUCCACGAGUCUCGCUCACGAAGGAGCCGCGUUCAAGUCUAUGCUCUUGGUUGAUGGUGGAAAAUUCAAUGAAGAGGAGUUAGUUAAAGAAUUGAUGAAGCCAGGAGAGGUACCAGGUUGUUCUGGAACAAGGAACUUGGCUGAUAACUUGUCAGAUUUAAAGGCACAGGUGGCUGCAAAUCAAAGGGGUAUUCAGCUAGUUGGCGAAUUGAUUGAUGAAUACAGUUUAAAAGUGGUUCAAGCAUACAUGGCGCAUAUACAGAGGAACGCAGAGUUAGCUGUUAGAGAUAUGCUAAAGGAAAUCGCACGCAAGGCUCUCGAAAACACAGGCUCUAUGGUUCUAAAGGCAACCGAAUACAUGGAUAACGGUACCCCCAUAGUGCUAACGGUCACUUUGGAUAAAGACAACGGAUCGGCAGUUUGUGACUUUACGGGUACAGGUGUCGAAGUUUGGGGUAAUCUGAAUGCACCAAGAGCUAUUACUCUCUCAGCGAUCAUUUACUGCCUGAGAUGCAUGGUGGGGCAUGAUGUACCAUUAAAUCAGGGUUGUUUGAAUCCAGUGGAAGUGGUAAUACCACAGAACUCCAUUCUCGAUCCAUCCGAAGAAGCGGCGGUCGUAGGUGGAAACGUUCUGACGUCACAGCGUAUUGUCGACGUAGUUCUGAAGGCUUUCCAGGUGUGUGCAGCCUCACAAGGUUGUAUGAACAACUUGACUAUUGGUGAAAGUGACUGGGGAUAUUACGAAACGGUGGCGGGAGGUAGUGGAGCAGGUCCAGGUUGGCACGGCACAGGCGGUGUGCAUACACACAUGACUAACACCAGGAUCACCGAUUUGGAGAUAGUGGAGACCAGAUACCCCAUACUCGUUACUGCGUUCUCGCUAAGACCUGCUUCUGGAGGAAAUGGUCAAUGGCGAGGUGGUGACGGCGUAGUCCGGGAGCUGGUAUUCAGAAGGACUGUUCAAUUGUCGGCUCUAACUGAGAGAAGAGUCUUCCAGCCAUAUGGGAUGAAUGGUGGCGAAUCGGGUGCUAGAGGCCUAAACUUGCUGCAAAGAGUUAACGGACGACUCAUAAAUCUUGGUGGUAAAGCGUCUAUCGAAGCUUAUCCAGGCGAUAAAUACAUUAUGAACUCUCCGGGCGGUGGUGGAUACGGUCCAUCAGGAAAUAAUGACAGUCACGCACAACAACACACAGAAUUUAGUCAUUUCAUCGAGAGAGGCAGUGUGUUCGAAUAUCGUAGCGCACAAGAGUCUACUUAG